UUAAUAUACACAGCAUAGUUACGCCCGUGAUGCCGUUCUUGCACUCACAUAUACUUCUGCAUAUGGUAAUAAACUCGGCUUUGUUGUAACUGCGUGCACAUGACAAUUUUCAUGGGUUGUCCUGUUGCCCAGGACAAUGUUAUUACCCACACAUCGGCUGAUGCGCCGCCCUAACCACACGGCAACGUUGCUGAUACCAUUAGAGCAAAACUGUUCCGAGAUUUUUGGUUGUAGAUUAAUUAUCGGGAUUCAAUCAUAGCCUCCCCCUGAGCGAUUUGCAAUACUUUCGUUGGUCAGAAACUUCAAGGCCACAAUUGCAUUGAAUUCGGUUAAAAACCUCCUGCUUCACCAAAGCUAAGGAGCGGUCUGGUGGACUACAAGUCCCAGGGAGCAACGGGGCAGCGGGGGGGGGGGCAGGUCAACGCGUGCGCACCGGCCUCCCAAUGUGGGAGAGCAGCCGGCUGGUCGGGGUGGAGGCGUGGUCUGGAGAACGUCGUCCAAUGGAGAGGUGAGGAGGCCGGAGAAGGGGCGGGGUCGGCGGCCGCAAGGGAGGGCGUGGUCUGGAAGGGAGCGUCGGCCAAUGAGAAGGCAGUGGAGGUGGGGAAGAGGGCGGGGUCGGGUACAGCUGGGAGGAGGGUGAGCCCGGAGGUUUGCCGAAGCGUUUUCGUUGGAAUGGGUCGGGGCGGAUCUCGGUGAAGCGACGGCUGAGGAGGCAGCGGCGGCGGCGGCGGCGGCGGCGGCGAGCCGGGGACUGAUGGCGGUGGGCGGAGGCAGACUGGGCUGUUGGAGCUGAGAGGGAUUGAGGGUCGGGGUGGAUUGUUAGGGUUGGGUUAAAUUGUGGGUUUCGAUUUGGGUUUGAGGUUGGGGAGGGUGGGAGGGGACGGGGAGUGGGAUGCUACCCGGAGAAGGCGGAUAACCAGCUUUGCUAGCGGGAGAGAGCAAGUGGUGGAGCUCUCCCCGUUGGCGGUUAGAGAAGGCGGCGAGUCAAGUUGGGAGGUGGGUGGGGGGGGAGGAGAGGUGGAACGGAGGAGAGGAGGAGGGAGUGAGGGAGGGAAGGGGUGGAGCACUCCACUCCUAGUUUGCAGCCUGCAGACUUUUGGCAGCCCAGAGACUUUGUGCCUGGGGAGUGGGUAAGGUACUAACUGACCAUGGAGGGCGCGCACUGCCAUGACUCCGGGGUGGCGGACCUGGACGAAGACUCGGUUAGGUGUCAAUGUCCCGGGGUGGCGGGUAUCCGGGAGCCUGCUCCGCCUGGCCAGCCGCCUCGCUGCCACCAGCCAGGGUGUCCGGCUCCGCUUCUGCCCCGGCCGCCCAAGACGUCGCCGACCACCUUCUGCCCGGACGCCAGUACCCUGGCCGCGGGGCAGCCCUCCUCUUCCAGGCAUGGCAGUCUGCUCCAGCUGGGCGAAGACCACCCUGCCGGGGUCAAGCACCGGCAGCCCAGUCCGCUGGUCCCCAGGAGGGACAGCAACCCCUUCACCGAAAUCGCCAUGAGUAGCUGCAAGUACAACGGCGGCGUGGUGAAGCCACUCACCAGCCUCAGCACCUCCAAGCGGAACCUGGUGGACUCGGAGGCCGAGCCGCAACCCUUGCAGGUCUUCGCCUGCAACCACGUCCUGGGCUCCUGCACGGAGGACCAGCAGCAACAGCAACAGCACCAGCUCCUGCAGGGGCAGCCCUGCCAGCAGCGGCAGCCGACCGCCGGCGACGGCGGCAGCAGCAGCCGGAAGAGCACCAAGAAGAAGAACCACUGCAUCGGCUACAAACUCGGGCACCGACGGGCUCUGUUCGAGAAGAGGAAACGGCUCAGCGACUACGCGCUCAUCUUCGGCAUGUUUGGCAUUGUUGUCAUGGUGAUAGAGACCGAGCUGUCUUGGGGCAUCUACAACAAGAGUUCCAUGUAUUCGCUCUCACUAAAAUGCCUUAUCAGUUUCUCCACGUUCAUCCUGCUCGGACUCGUCAUCGCCUACCAUGCCAGGGAGAUCCAGCUCUUCAUGAUAGACAAUGGAGCUGACGACUGGAGGAUCGCCAUGACGUACGAGCGGAUUUUCUUCAUCAGCCUGGAGAUGGUGGUGUGCGCCAUCCAUCCGGUGCCUGGCCGCUACAUGUUCCAUUGGAAGGCGCGCCUGGCCUUCAGCUAUACCAUGUCGGAGACCUGGGCUGACGUGGACAUCAUCCUCUCCAUCCCCAUGUUCCUCCGCCUCUACCUCAUUGCCCGGGUAAUGCUUCUGCACAGCAAGCUCUUCACGGACGCUUCCUCACGCAGCAUCGGUGCCCUCAACAAGAUCAACUUCAACACCCGCUUCGUCAUGAAGACCCUCAUGACCAUCUGCCCUGGCACCGUGCUGCUGGUGUUCAGCAUCUCACUGUGGAUCAUUGCGGCCUGGACCGUGCGUGUCUGUGAGAGGUACCACGACAAUCAGGAUGUCACCAGUAACUUCCUGGGUGCAAUGUGGCUUAUUUCCAUUACCUUCCUGUCCGUUGGAUACGGCGAUAUGGUACCCAACACCUACUGUGGGAAGGGCGUGUGCCUGGUGACAGGGAUCAUGGGUGCAGGAUGCACUGCUCUGGUGGUAGCUGUCGUUGCUAGGAAACUAGAACUAACCAAAGCCGAGAAGCACGUCCAUAACUUCAUGAUGGAUACACAGCUCACUAAGCGGAUCAAAAAUGCAGCUGCCAAUGUUCUGCGGGAGACCUGGCUGAUCUACAAGCACACCAAGCUGCUCAAGAAGAUCGACCAUGCCAAAGUAAGGAAGCACCAAAGGAAGUUCCUGCAGGCAAUCCACCAGCUUCGCAAUGUGAAGAUGGAACAGAGGAAACUCAGUGACCAGGCAAACACUCUUGUUGAUCUUUCCAAGAUGCAGACCAUCAUGUAUGACCUGAUCACGGAGCUGAACGACCGCGGUGAGGACCUGGAGAAGCAGAUUCUGAGCCUGGAGGCCAAGCUCGAGGGACUGACCAGCAGCUUGCAUGCCCUGCCCGGCCUGAUCGCCGAGUCCCUGCGGCAGCAGCAGCAUCAGCAGCUCUUGGGUGCCAUCGCCGAGGUGGGGGGUGACCCCGCUGACUCCCAGCGCUCCGACAGCCAACUGGGCCUCAGCUCAGCCUCCUUCCCCACUGGCUCCAGCAGCUGCUAGGGAGCCGGGGAAUGGGGAGGUAGUUGGAGCUGGACCAAUAUGGCUAGACACCUCCCUCACUCCCACCAACUAUGCUUCCUCCCCAUGCCUCUCCCUCCUAACCUGCCCACUACGGAGGCUGACAGGUGCCAGUGGGGCUUGGCUUCACCGCAGACUGCAUUCUUGCUCCAGGGCACCCUUCCCCAACCCUCCUCAUUCUCACAUUCCCCAACCCAAUACCCUCAAUGCAAGAGAAAGGGCUCCAGAACUGGCUGAUUGG